AAAGUCCCCGACGCCAUUAUUAUUGUUACAUUAGAUAGCAUUCUCCGGAUUCCUUUGAAUUUCCGCUCCCACUUUUCCCCACCCUCGCUUCUAGCCGUGUGCUCACCACGCGCCGCCUUCCGCCACUUCUUUCCUCACAAUUGUUCGGGCAGGAGAUCUGAAUACGGAAAAGGAAGAGGGUGGUCGGAGGUUCUGGGAUAGAAGCGAGGAACUUUCUUUAUGAAUUGUGAAGUGAAUUUACUGAGCCGCCGCGGAAGGGGAAAUCGUCGUGCUAAGGCGGAGAAUGGGCGGAGUGACGUCUUCGAUCGCUGCUAAGUUCGCUUUUUUCCCGCCGAGCCCACCGUCGUACACGGUGGUGGCGGACGAGUCGCGGGGCGUGGCGCUUUCCAUACCGGAGGUGCCGAGGAGAGAAGACGUCGAUGUUCUCAAGCUGAGGACUCGGAGAGGGAACGACGUCGUUGCGGUGCAUAUCAAGCACCCGAAAGCCACCGCCACUCUGCUCUACUCCCAUGGGAACGCCGCCGAUUUAGGGCAGAUGUAUGAGCUAUUUGUGGAGAUUACCAUCCGUCUCCGCAUAAAUCUGAUGGGGUAUGAUUACUCAGGCUAUGGACAGUCAACUGGAAAGCCAACUGAAUGUAAUACCUACGCAGACAUUGAUGCUGUGUACAAAUGCCUUAAGGAGCAGUAUGGGGUAAAGGAUGAACAACUAAUACUAUAUGGUCAGUCUGUUGGGAGUGGCCCCACAAUUGAUCUUGCAUCACGUGUACCCAACUUGAGGGGUGUUGUUUUACAUAGCCCAAUUUUAUCUGGGUUGAGAGUAUUGUACCCUGUCAAACGAACAUACUGGUUUGACAUUUACAAGAAUAUAGAUAAAAUUAGUGCAAUCAACUGUCCAGUGCUUGUCAUUCAUGGAACUGCAGAUGAAGUGGUUGAUUGUUCACAUGGAAAGCAGCUGUGGGAGCUUUGCAAGGUGAAAUACGAGCCGUUAUGGAUAAAUGGAGGUGGCCAUUGCAAUCUUGAACUCUACCCGGAGUUCAUUAAACAUCUAAAGAAAUUUAUAUUGGCUCUUGGAAAAUUAAAACCGGCAGCAAAUGGUUCUGCACCCUCAUCUCUUAAUUCAGAAAGCAAGACAAAAACAACACAAGGUGAAGCCACCGACACAUUUGAGUUGAGGCCAGGUCUUCCGGAAAUAUCUAGAAACAGUUUGGAUAGCCAGCUAGACAAGUCUAAAAAGACAAACAAGCCCGAGAAGUCUAGAAUGAGCACCGAUCGUGUUGACAGAUUCCGGAGACGGAAAGGCUUCAUCUGGUGAGGACACGGGAAUAUAAUUAAUUAAUCAAUCUAUUAACAACAGGACUUGUGUGGAUAGAGAGCUUACAAAGUAUGUGCUGUGCUGUGCUGAGUGCCCUAUGUGAGUGACUUAUUGAUUCCAUUCUGAAAAAACUAAUAAGUAAACUUAUUCUGUUGUAGUUUGAGUUAAUUUUGGUAGGUUUAAAAGUGUGUAUUUGUUGUUGUAUCUGGUGAUUUUGUUCCACGAUUAGUGUUAAAAAUAUUGUUAGUCACUUGGGCAUUUUGUGCAAUUUUUCUGUUGUAUCUGUAAAUGUAAAAUGUAUCUUUUAGUC